CAAGAAUCCGCACAGAGGCGUUUAGGAUACAUGAUAUUCUCUCUCCUCUCCUGCUCAUGUAAACACAGAUAUGUCGGAGUCUCCGGACGCUCGCAGCUUGAUGUCUGCUUCCUCACAGCUCAACCUGAUGGAGGUGGACCCGAUCGAUGAUAAGGAGUUUGACAUUCCCCAAGUGGACACACCUCCCACACUGGAGAGCAUCCUCAAUGAGCUGGAGGAUGAGGAUGAGCGCUUCGUGUUGGAGGAUACCUGUGUGCUGAACACUGACAAUAUUGAUGCUCACUCCUGUGACACCUCCUCUCUUGCCAGCUCUGACAGUGGAGACCCAGCACACCUCAAAAGGAAGAAGAGGACAGUGGAUCUGAAUGCGACAGUUCAUGGAUCUGUUCUUCGACACAGACUGCUGAAGGGCAUCUCUGCACAGAUCGUCUCUGCUGCUGACAAAGUGGAUGCUGGACUGCCAACUGCUAUAACAGUGUCUGGUGUGAUAGCUGUGGGAACAUCUCAUGGUCUGGCUCUGGUCUUUGAUACCAACCAGGCUCUGCGGCUCUGUCUGGGUACCAAGGCAACAGGGGCGGAGUUUGGCGCUGUGUCUGCCCUCACCAUCAACCACGACUGCUCGCGACUUCUCUGCGGGUUUGCCAAAGGACAGAUUACCAUGUGGGAUCUAGCCAGUGGAAAGCUUCUGAGAACUAUCACUGAUGCCCACCCUCCAGGGACAGCAAUACUGCAUGUAAAGUUCACAGAUGACCCGACUCUUGCAGUGUGUAAUGACAGUGGAGGAUCCGUUUUCGAGCUGGCUUUCAGGAGGGUGAUGGGGAUGCGGUCCUGUGACUCUCGAUGUCUCUUCAGUGGUUCUAAAGGGGAAGUCUGCUGUAUUGAACCUUUACGUGCUCCUCCAGACAUCAGAGAUCAUCCUGUCACACACUAUUGUCUGCUGGCUAUGGCCUCUCUCACUAAGAUUCUGGUCAUUGGUCUGAAGCCCUCCCUGAAAGUCUGGAUGACAUUUCCCUACAGUAAGUCUGAUCCAUCCAGCGUUCCACAGCUGGCCUGGCAGUUUGUUCCUGUUCAGAAGACAGUUAAUCCCGUCCUGGCUUUUUGCAAAGGAGAUACAGUCCACUUCCUGCUGGUUAAGAAGGAGGAGAUGGGAACCAUCCAUGUCAUCAAACAAAGACAACUCCACCUCAGCUGUGACAUCAUCAGCCUCAGUUGGAUCAACAGUCGUACUCUGGUCCUGGUAGACAGCCAUGAAAAGCUGCAGGUUGUGGACCGGCCCAGUCAGGAGAUUUUGGAGACUUUGGACCUGGAACAGGUGCAGCUGGUCUACAACAGCCGUCAUUUCAAAUCGCUUGCCACAGGAGGGAAUGUCUCCCAGGCUCUGGCUUUAGUUGGAGAAAAGGCUUGCUACCAGUCCGUCUCCAGCUAUGCAGGACAGAUUGUCUACUUGGGCACCAAGUCGGCUCACAUUAUGACUCUAAGAAACUGGAGAGAGCGUAUUGACUGCCUGCUGAAGCAGGAGUAUUAUGUUGAGGCCCUCUCUCUGGCCUGGUCCUUCCAUGAGGGAACUGCUAAGGCUGUGGUUGGCCUGUUUGGAGAUCCAGUGAAAAGGAAGGGAGUGAUAGGCGACAAGAUGGUAGAGAUUCUGUUGCAUUUUGCAGAGAAUGCUUUGAAAAAAUGUCCAGAACAAGGCAAGAUCCAGGUGAUGGAGCAACAUUUCCAUGAUGUGGUUCCUGUCCUGGUGGAUUACUGCCUGCUGCUACAGAGGACUGACCUGCUCUUCAACCAGCUGUAUGCUCAGCUGGUGGAGAACGUGGUUGCCAAGGGGAUUUUCCUGGAAUCGCUGGAGUCAUACAUUAUCGUGGACCGCCUCGGUCACCUCACAACACCCAUCAUGAAGGACCUGCUGGCCCAUUACCAUGACAACGGUUUGAUGAACAGCCUGGAAAGAUGCAUUGUCCAUCUGGAUGUCACCAACCUGGAUAUACAGCAGGUGAUUCGGGUGUGUUGGGAGAAUCAACUCUAUGAUGCCAUGCUCUACGUGUUCAACAGAGGGAUGAAUGACUACAUUACACCUAUGGAGAAACUCUUUGCAGUGAUUGGCCCACCACUUACAGAGGGAAGGAGCCUAACAGAUGAUGAAGUUGUGAUGGGAAACAAACUUCUGGUGUACAUAAGCUGCUGUCUUGCAGGAAGGGCGUAUCCACUUGGAGACAUUCCUGAAGACCUUGUGGUUCAAGUCAAGAACCAGGUGUUUGACUUCCUGAUCCGUCUCCAUUCAGCUGACUCGUCAGAGGAGGAGCAGGUUUUCCCGUACAUUCACACACUCCUCCACUUUGACACCCGGGAGUUCCUCAACGUGCUUGCGAUGACAUUUGAAGACUUUAAGAAUGACAAGCAGGCCCUCGAGUACCAGCAGAGGACAGUUGACAUCUUACUUCAGGUGAUGGUGGACAAUCCAGACUUUACUCCUUCCCAGGUGGGCGGGCUCUUCACGUUUUUGGCUCGCCAGUUGGCAAAGCCAGAUAACACGCUCUUUGUGAACAGGAAGCUCUUUGAUCAGGUUCUGGAGUUCCUGUGCAGACCAGAUGAUGACUCUCGACACACUGAGAGGCAGCAGGUUUUACUGGAGCUGCUUCACGUUGGGGGUGUGGUCCAGUUUGAUGAAGGAAGGCUGUUGACUUUGGCAGAGAAAGCCAAGUUCUACCAGAUUUGUGAAUUUCUUUAUGAGAAGAAACAUCUGUAUGACAGGAUCAUUGACUGCUACCUGAGAGACCCCCUCAGAAAGUGGGAGAUCUACAGUUACAUCCAUAACCUUCUGUCCAUGCCGGGCUACAGUCCUGAGGAGAAACAGACAGUUAAAGAAAAAGCAAUAGAGCACAUGCAGGAGCUAAUGACCCUUGACCCCACUAAGGCAGCUGACCUGGUAGUGGUUCACUUCACUGAGGAGGUGCAGCAACUUAUCUCUGAGACUCAGGAUGACGAGCUUCUUUUCAAGUUCCUCAGCUGCCUCCUGGUGACAAGGGAAAGCCAUCACUCAGAUAUCCUCCUGCCUCUGGAACGUGACCUCCAUGAGCUAUUGCUGGACUUAAUGUGCCGCUUUGCACCUGAGCAGCUUGUGAGCUUCCUCCAAACCUCCCAGCACUACAGACUGGAGGAGGCCAUACAGAUAACACAGAAAUACCACCAGAGCGAGGCUACAGCCUACCUGCUGGAGCAGAAGGGAGAUGUUCAUGGAGCUUUUACUGUGUUGUUGGAGACAUUAAAGGAAAAGCUGUGUCUCCUUACUGCUGAGGCGAACAGAGAAAGUGAAGGAGGGCUUGGAACACAAGAGGAAGAGGAGGAGAAAGCGAGUAAAUCAACACUGACGAGUGUAGAGGAUUCACUGAAUUAUAUCAUCGUCUUGUGUCAUCAAAGCUCUCAAAACCUGGACCAGCCACAGAGAGAGGGUCUAUGGUUUCCACUACUAGAGACCAUGAUGGCUCCUCAAAAACAAGUGAAGGGGCUCAAUACCAAACACACCUCUGAGGUGUUGAAGGAGCUGACAAUGAAAGUCCUGAACAGUAUGAGCAGCUUUAUUUCACUGCCUGCCAUCAUACAGAGAAUACUGCAGGAUCCAGUCUAUGGGAGAGGAAAACUGGCAGAGAUCCAAGGCCUCAUUCUGGGCAUGCUGGACACUUUUAACUAUGAACAGACUUUACUUGAAACAACCACCAAUCUGUUGAACCAUGACCUCCACUGGUCCCUGGCUCACCUGCGUGCUGCUGUGACAAGAGGACUCCACCCACGACAAGACUACUGUAACAUCUGCCUACAGCAGUACAAGAGGAGGCAGGACUCAGCUGAUGAGAUCAUUGUGUUCAGCUGUGGACACCCAUACCACUUCCAGUGCCUGCAGCAGAAGGAUUAUGGGUGGGGUCUUGCUCCAGAGCUGCAGCAGCGGUGGAGCUGCUACAAGUGUUCUUCUAGCCAGGGAGGAAGAGGCGGAGCCACCACCAAACCAAAGAGAGGCUUCAGCACAUCUCUGGCACAGACUUGUGUUACAUCAGUGCAUCAUGAUGCAGGAGCUGAGGCUCACAGGAAAAAGGUGUUAGUUGAGACAACAUUGGACCUUCAGCAGGAGCAGUCCUGGAAUCAGCUGCGCUGUUUAUACAGAGGACCAUCCAGGUUGUCCAUCCUUUCAGAGCUGACCCACAGCCACAGCAAUGAGAAGACAGGACUUCUAAUCACAGCUCAACCAGGCACAGAAAGUUCUCAACUUAAACUUUCUCCUCCACCUCUGUUGGAAGAGUAGGAUGACAGACAUGAGUCAAGUGGGGUUGGUUAAAGACUGGACAUUGUGUUGUGUUUUUUAAAUGAUUUGCUGCACUACCUUAACAAUUCAACAUCAGUAUGGAUUAUAAUUUUCUGCUUUUAUGUUGUGAGACAUUUGAUGCUUUAUCAUUUUCGUCAAAUGUUUAAAACUUCCUUGCUGAGUGCUUGAGUUCUGUUCAUAACUCUGAAUGUAACUUUAAUGUUUUUUUCACUACAUCUGAUUAAAUCACAUUGCUUUUGUUUGCGUCAUGGUGGGACUGGGAUGUCUAAAGGUGGAUCCUGACCGAAGUGGAAAGAAUGCUGAAAGAUUUGGGAAAGGGAAAUGUGAUAAGACCUGGAAGUGAUGCUGAAUGUUUGUUUACAGCAGGAAAGAGGACAUUAUACUUCUGUCUCAAAAAUAUGAAACAGUGAUCCUUCUUUCAUGAAAUAGUUAUACUUUGAACAUUUCACAAUAUGCUUGUCAGCCUCUAGCUGACCCUGAUAAAUGACCUUUGUUGACUAAAUUCAGUAUGUGUUAGAUGUAUCUUAUCAUGUUGGAAUUGUAUUAAUUAUUAUGGUAUUAAUUAUUGUAUUAAUGAAGUUUAUGAUUUGGCUGUUGCCACUCAUUGCAAAACAGAAAAGAAUUGGAUAAAUCAUCUUGUUGUGAUUUUUUUUUUCUCCAAUCUAAUAAUUAGGAGAAAAGUCAACUUUGAAGUAAAUGAAUCUCACAAUAACUACAUUAUAUUACUACAUUACUGUGGGCAAGCCCACUGUGGAUUGGACAUGGCUGGUGUGUAGAAUGAUCAAUGAUCAGAAAAGGUUUUAGAAAAUGUUUCAGAAUGUUUCAAAACCCUUCUUUUUAUUUCUCUUGUUUCCCCCAAAAACAGUGUAAAGAUAGUGUUUUCUAACCAGAUUCAACCCAAAAUCAUCAAAAGCAAUAAUUCUAGAAGAACUUUCAGGAAAGAUAAAUGGAAGCUUUUCUCUUUAUAUUUGUCUUUCUUUUUUCAUUGUUUCUGGGUGAAAAACUUCUGGGCACUUCUUAAAAGAACAUCCACAUCUCUGGUGUAAAUUACUGUUACUCACAAUGAUCAAAAAAUGAUUCAGAAAAGUAAAACAAAGACUCAUUCUCAUCAUAUUUCUACUGUUCUCAGUCUAUGAUGUAAAAACUGCUCUGGGAGCUUCUUAUAAGAAAAACAGCUUUCCACUUCUGUUUUCUCAUCAGAUCCUGCUCAAAAUCAUCAAUAACAGGUAUGAAACUGCAUGCUAAUUAUGCAUGUCAUACAUCAAUAAAAUAUUAUCUUCCAUAAUAGCAAAGAGGUUAAAAUAAAUAUUGUCUAACAUAACAGAGACUAGUGUGGGUGUUCUAACUGGUACUUAGCUGAUAAUAUAAGGCAUACUUCAAAUAUUAUUGAUUAUUGUCAAAAUAAAUUCAUUUUAAAAAUUGUUUUUGGUAACAUUCAAUGCACAAAAAUAUUCCAUAGGGUACUUUGGCCCUUUAUUUUUUUUAAAC